AUGUCAGUUGUGGUUAAUGGGAGUCCUACUAAGGAGUUUGUUGUAAAGAGAGGUUUAAGACAAGGGGAUUCAUUAUCGCCUUUUCUUUUCAUUAUUGUGGGGGAGGCUCUUACUAGGUUGGUGCGGAAAUCCAUUGAAAUUGGAGAAUAUGAGAAUAUGGUGAUUAAGCGGAGUUGUAGUGUAGAUAUUCUUCAAUUUUCGAAAGACACUUUAAUGGUCGGCGAAGGUUCUUGGAAGCAAAUAAAGGCUUUAAAGAUUGGUUUGAUAGCUUUUGAGCUAGUCUCGGGUCUUGGCAUCAAUUUUCAUAAAAGCAAAUUGAUUGGGAUUAAUGUUUCGCCUCACUUUAUGGAUGCCGCCUCUUUAUAUCUUUCUUGUAAGAUUGAAGCUAGUAAUUUCUUUUUUCUUGGUAUUCCCAUUGGUUUCAACCCAAGGAAAGAGGCUACUUUGUUCCCGCUUUUGGACAAGAUGAAAAAUCAUUUGAUGGGAUGGAAGAACCGUUUUCUAAAUCUUUGA